CAGGUGACUCAGUAAUCCUUUGGUCAAAUUUGCUGUCAGAACUUUGGCCAAGUCUUCUCUAUGCACCUUCCUCCCUACUUCCUCCAAUUCAUCACAACCUCAGCAACUUCUUGAAUUUUAUCUAGCACGACAGUCCAUAUCUAAUUUACACCAAAUAAAGUGCAGAUUGGCUUGUGCUUUUUCUUACUUCCCUUCCAUUGACAUCUCUGAAGACUCUCCUAUGUCCCAAAAUUCCCAUAUCAGACCAACUCUCUAGCAACAUCUUCUGUGCAUUUUGCAAGGCAUCUCUACAAAGCAUCCUAUCUUUAAUUUCUUAGCCUUUUGAUCCUCCCUUCCCUCCUGAAUCUUGUCUGUUGCAAAGGAAGCAUCUAAACUUUAAACGGUGGCGCACAAAGAAGCAACAAUGGGUAGGGAAACCAAUUCAAAGAUAAUUUCAAUGGCUGGUCUGAAGGUAAUGAAAGAAGAUCGACCAAAGAAGUCCCCGUUCAAAUCUAUAGUUAAGGGCUCCACAGAUGAUGGUAGAUCAAGCAGCAUGGUCAUUAAGAAAGCACGUGGUGUGAUUCCUGCUCACAUAGUAGCAGAAGCCAUAUCAACACUCCGUGGUCUAGACCUUAGAUGGUCCGGGCCAAUCACCCCAGCAGAGAUGCAAUAUGUUGAACAAUACGUGCUGGCAAAAUAUCCACAAUAUGCUGGACUUGUUGGAGGUGAACAAAUAGAUCUCUCCACGCUUUGCAUUAAUGAGGAGCCAGUUGAACCCACACUUGAUGAUAAAAGGAGAUCACCACGGACUGGCUCCAGAGAACCCUUGGCACCAUCUUAUGGAAGCAGUCACCCGGAUCUAGACAGAACCCAGCUAGAGCCAUCAAGAUUACUUGACAUCCUCACCAAGAAGGCCUCCUUCCCUGGGAGUUUCAUCUCCAUCCCCGAAAUUCAAGCUCAAAAUAAAGUUCUGAAGUUCUGUGGACUGCCUGACGAGGAUUUUCUUGUUCUUUUCACUCCAAGCUACAAAGAUGCCAUGAUGUUGGUAGGUGAGAGCUAUCCCUUUUUCAAGGGAAACUGCUACAUGACCGUCAUUGGAGAAGAUGGGGAUUACAUAAAGGAGUUCGCCACCUACAAAGAAUCAAAGAUAAUCUCUGCACCUGAGACUUGGUUGGAUCUGCGGAUCAAGGGAUCACAGCUAAGCCAGUAUUUCCGCAGAAAAUGUAAGCACAGUCCUAAGGGGCUAUUUUCCUACCCAGCAGAUGUGAAUGGGACUCGAUAUUCCAUGCACUGGGUUUCAGAGGCCCACCGGAAUUCAUGGCACGUUCUUCUUGAUGCAACUGCAUUAGAUGUUGGAGAGGAUUGCCUAAACCUGUCACUUCAUCGACCAGACUUCAUUCUGUGCAGUCUGGAUAACAGGCAUGCCCAUCCUUCAAAAAUCACUUGCCUUCUGGUGAGGAAAACAUCUUUUGAUGCACCAACAAUUGCCAAUGAAUGAGAAGGAUGAUUCCAUGUAAAUAUAGAAUGUCUUCCUUUCAAAUUAAGCAACAGCCACAGAAGUGAGCUCUGGUUUUCAGAUAAUUUUUCAUGUAUAACCUCAUCAGAAAAAUUUUCAGAGUUUACACGAUUGAAAAUAGCAAAGAAAUUAACUUUGCACAGAUCAUAUCAUAGAUGGAGCACAAAGGACCACGGUGACAGAUUUGUAGUCAAAGUUGUUAUCAGAUUC